GUGGAAAUUCAGAAUCGUUGUGAAACAUUGAAAUAAUCUACUUUUAUCAACUAGAAAAUGUUUCUACCUAUCGUUUGAAGGUGUUUUCCUCUCGUUUUAUUUCUGGACUGAUGAAUUAUUAACAAAAAAGUGUUUGUUCAUGUUCACGUUCACGGGAACUCUAAACCAGGCUUCAUCAGAUACCUUGGUAUGAAGCAAGGCGCCUCUAUAUAUACCAGGUGAAACAAUCAUAUGAAAUGCACUUUCAGCCAUAUUGGAAUUGCUGUCGGUAUUGUUUACAAACAGCAUCAGAACGCUGCCGGCGGCUCUCUACAAACUGCUGCGACGCUUAUUCGAACGAUGCCUACUUUGUUCGGCUUUCGCGAAUUUAUGUGAAAAAGACGGGAUGAUUUUGUAGAAUUUCAUUCUCAUCCAGUUCAUCCACUACUCUCGCAUGUGAAAAUGCAAAAAUGGCGUAUCCUAGCAAUAACAAAACAAACAACCCCCGCUCCACAAACCGUAAUCCCCUUCUUAUUGAAGUGAUGAUGUUGCUUCACCUGUUAUACAUUUAUACAAGCGCCUUGGUAUGAAGUGUGCACUAGGACUUAGUGGUAAACAUGUAAACAAAAAUGAUCCAAUUGAAUCAAUUAAAUUAGUGAUUCUAAUAUUUUGCUACAAUUCUGGUCAGAUAGUUCUUGAUUUUACAGUGCAAGUAUGGGAAAGAAAAAGGAUUCCAAUGUUGAACGUGAAGAUGAUGGCUAUGGAUUUGCACACAAGAAACAUAAAAAGCACAAAAAACACAAGAAAAGUAAAUCUCAAUCGCAACUCUCCGUUCCGACAUAUGAUUUUGUACCAAACGAAGUGGACCAAACAGUUGAAAUUGUGGAAGAAAUUGAGUACAUGGAAGCAGAUCCGGAACCAGAAAUAAUUUCAGGAGUAGAAGCGGAACCCGAACAAGAAUCGCUCAGUUCGACCAUAACAAAUGCGGUGCCUCCCUCGCCAGCAACUCCAGCGAAAAACACUCCACCAGCUAAGGGAUCGUCUAUAGCAAAAUCCAAGAAAAAGAAAGGCAAAGGUAAAGACAGCGGCACAUCUAGCGAAGAAGAGCGGUGGCUCGAUGCAAUUGAGUCGGGCAAACUCGAAGAAGUUGACGAUGAGCUCAAAAAGAUCAAACCAAAGGAUCCAAAAUUGAUGACUGCUCGCCAGAGGGCAAUGUACGAGAGAAAUACCGAUAAGGACACAACAAGUUCAGCGACAGAAAUGUUGAUGGCGUUACCGACUGGAUACAAGGAAAAAGUUAUGACGGCCGAAGCAAUCCAGAAAGCCCAGCUGAAGUCACAAAAACGCAAACAGCUCGCUGAUGAAAAAAGGGAGAAGGACAAGAAGAAAACGAUGGAACGAUUGUUGAAAAAACAGGAUUCAAAGUCGGUGAAAGCCAUAAAGAACCGCCCGGUGAAGGCGCAACAUCCGGUUAUAACUUACAAGAACACUUUGGAAGGAUCCACAAUUUCGCUGCCACCGAAUAUGGAAUUUCCUUUGCAACCUAAGAAAGCAAAAGAUCCCCCGAAACCUAUUCUGUGUGGAAUGCCGAAUUGCACGAAUGUGAAGCGUUAUAAUUGUUCGAAAACUAACAUUCCACUUUGUAGCUAUCGGUGUUACAAAAUGAAUGUUGAUUCAAUAAAACACAUCAUUUGUUGAUUUUAUCAAAGUUUU